AUGGCGAGAAUGAAACCACACCUACGCAACAGAAUCUCACGAGAUAGAUUGGACAGUCUUUUGAGAAUUAGUGAGGAGGGACCUUCAGUGAAGGAUUAUGAUCCAACUGCUGCAAUUGAGCAGUGGUAUGGACAAAGAAACGAAGGAUCGGAUUCGGAGGCCACGCUUAUCCGGAGAAACGGAAGAAGAAAUUCGAGAUGUCGGACACAUCACGCCGACAUGCCUAUUUUUUGGAUCAAGAGUCGUCAGAAAGUGACUAGCUUAUGGAAUUUAACAUUUUAACUUGUUUAUAUGUAUAUUAAAUGCACGUAUUAGAAAUAUUAGAUUACUGCACCAUAAUAGUUGGCUUAAUGGAGUAUUUGAUUGAAUGUGACUCUGAGUAGCUAGAUGUAACAUCAAUCUGAACCAAUUUUAUGACUCUGGAGGUACAUUUUUCUCGAGAAAAAAUUGCACAUCGUUUUUUCUCAACUAAUUCGCACACUGCAAGGAACUACAUAACAACGUAGAAAAGAGCUCUCCAACAGGGACAACAAGAUGCUUGAAGAAUGGUGAUGACAACAUAUUCUGGCAGCACUGGAAGGAUGCUUACUUGUGGGACCAAGCCUGCAACUCAUGCCCGCUUCAUGAGAAAUUGAAAGAAGAACAUUUUCAACUGACGCCAAGCUCUCGCAUGCGAAACAGCUUAGCUGAAGACGUUUUGGACAAGAAGAUGUUGUAUUUAAUGAAAGUAAGUAAAUGAAGAAUGUUCGGGAACUGUAGGAAUGACCAACAAAGAAUUUUAUUAUCUACAACUAUACGGGCAAAUUAUUUUGGCAAUAUCUGAAAUAACAAAGAACUGUUACGUUCUCUUUGUAGGCUUACAACCCAGCUUUCCAUUUCGAUAAAUAG